AUGGCGCGACAAUCGACAAUCGUGCGGCGCGACUGUGGUGACGGCGCUGCGAACAAAUCGAGUGAUAAACCUGCGACGCUCCGCCAAUCAGAGCGCGCCAAUACGCCCACGAAAACCAACGGGCCACGCCGAUUGGCCAAGCAACUGCCAUUGCCUUACGGAUGUUAUUAUGCAGAAGGAGACCAACUGUUCGGAAUUCAAAAUAAGAAUUUAAGCGUUUACCAGCCAAGUCACAAUGCAAAUUGGUUGCGCGUAUUGCGCGGCGUGGUCUCCGCGCUUUUAAAAGUCUCACCAUAUAUGAUGAGAGAUGGACCAGAGCUUUUCGAAGAUUUCAUACGGGUUCAUAGUAAAGUUUAUUCCAGCAAAGCCGAGAAAGCAAAGAGAUUUGACAUAUUUUUGCAAAAUUUAAAAGACAUCAACGACUUGAAUUCGAAACAUGAAUAUGCUGAAUUUGGUAUUACCAAAUUCAGCGACUUGACACGCGAUGAAUUCUUGAAGAGAUAUUCCUGUUUAAUACCACAAAGUGAUCAUGCAGAUCAUUGCAGACAUAGUGAUAAUUUUAGAAACGAAAACGAUGAGGUAGCAAUUCCUUCAGAAUUUGACUGGCGUCAAAAAAACGUGGUAACUCAAGUAAAGGAUCAAGGAGCUUGUGGAUCUUGUUGGGCUUUCAGUGUUACUGGUAACGUGGAAAGCAUAAACGCAAUCAAAACUGGCCAGUUAUUGCUAUUGUCUGAACAACAACUGGUUGAUUGUGACAAAGGAAACAUGGGAUGCAAUGGAGGCUACCAGAAUGUGGCUAUACAGUACUUUAAAAACCAAGGUGCAAUGUCAGCCACGAGUUACCCAUACACAGCCAUAGAUGGCAACUGCAAAUAUAACGCAGAGCAAGUAGUCGUUAAUGUAACAGAUUGCUUAAAAAUACAAACAGCUAAAGAGGAUGACAUAGCUGAACAGUUGGUUAAAAUCGGCCCACUUUCAAUAAGUAUCGAUGCUUCAAGUUUGAUGAAUUAUCAAAAGGGAAUUAUUAAUGGACAAAGUUGCAGUGGUUUUGAGCUCAACCACGCUGUGCUCUUAGUUGGUUAUGGAACAGAUAAUGGCCUUCCAUAUUGGCUGGUAAAGAACUCUUGGGGCGGUUUCGGAGAGAAAGGCUACUUCAGGAUGCAAAGAGGAGUGAAUUGCCUGAAUUUCAUGAACGACGCGGCAUACUCGGCUGUUGUUGGAUGAUGUUGGAACAAUCAUUUUUCAAGUAAAACAGCUAAAAAAGAUAAUUAGUUUUAAACGAUUUGACUUACCGACCAUGAUAAUUUUAUUUUAUAAAAUAUAUGUAAUUAGAAACGUACCAUUAAGUGCAUUAAAAUAAUAAAAAAUAAAUAUAUUUUGAUUGUAUGUAAAACUAUUAUGAAUCAAUUGAUCGAUACAUAAAAAAUAAAGUAACUUGGAUGG